AAUCAGCUGUUCAUUUUAUUGAACUUCAAUCUCUAAAAGUAAAGUAUAAAUUUAUGUUUUGGACAGGAAUUCGUAAAUACUCAUCAAAUUGAAGAAUUUUCCAAUGGCAGAAGAUCCAAAUAUACCCUCCACAUCGUCGAAAGCUGAUGAAGCUCCCCUGUUCCCUCCUGCAAAACCUGGAAAACGAGUCGACUAUGGGACGAACAAUACACUCGAGCUGCUGGAGCGAAUUCCCAGCCAGAUAGUGGAUCUCAAGCUGGAUGAUGUACUCACCGCUGUUAAGGAAGUGGACAACCUUUGCGACUAUCCCCGCUGCAAGACCAAAACGAGCCUGAUGGGCCAGGAUUGUCAGCACUGCAAAAAGAGAUUCUGCUUUAAGCAUGGACUGCCGGAGGUUCACGGUUGUGGCGAGGAGAUCAAAAGGGACGAGCGCAAAAAGUUUCUGCAUCCCAAGCCUGCCAAGACAAUAAGACAGGAGGAGGACGUCAAGAAUGCGAAAAAGCGACUGGAUGCCAAGUUAAAGGAUAUGCAGUUGGGUAGAACUCAAAAAGCCACUGGAGGAGGUUCAAAAAAGAAAAAAGGCAAAUAGGAAUGUGUAUGAUAAUUUUAGUUUAUUAAAUCAUUAGAAAUGCAA